GGUCCACGUCCUCUGCUCUCGAGGAGCCCAAUCCUUUUGUCUCCACCUGUAUUAUCUGCUGCUGCUGCUCUCUCUCUCUCUCUACCCCUCAAAGUCUAUAGCUGUCUUUUUUUUAUUUAUUAUGACUUAUCCCUGCCUUCUUUUUAUAAUAGCAUCGAAUUCUCCCAUUGAUGCUGUGCCUGCUGCCGCCGCCUCCUCCGCCUUCUCUUGUCAAGAUAAUUUCCGCUUCAAAGGGUACUUUUAAUCUUCUUGACUGAGCAUUAGAAUGUCAAGUGGUCAAAGCACACACUGGUGCCAUAGAUGCAUGAGAGCAGUCCAUCUCUGCCACCAGGACACUCUUUGUUGCCCCCAUUGUAGCUCAGGCUUUGUUCAAGUACUCGAUAAUAAUCAUGUUGAUACGAUGGGGGUUAUUGCUGAAUUAAUGAGCCGUAGGAUUGGGUCUAGGAGAAGGAAUCAUGAUACAGGUCCUUGGUUAGUUUUUCAAGGCCAGGGUUUUGAUGAUCGGCCCUUUGGUGUGCUCUUCAAUGAAGGCCCAGGACUAGGAAUACGCCGUGGCAAUUCUGCCGACUACUUUGUGGGCCCAGGACUUGAUGAUCUGAUCGAGCAACUGACACAGAACGAUAGAGGUGGGCCACCGCCUGCACCUCAGACAUCAAUUGAUGCUAUGCCCAAUGUGACGAUCGGAGAGAGGAAUUUAAGGAGUGGUGAUUCUCACUGCCCUAUUUGCAAGGAGAAUUUUGAUUUGGGGUCUAAAGCUCGAGAGAUGCCUUGUAAGCAUUUGUAUCACUCUGAUUGCAUUGUGCCGUGGCUUGAGCAGCAUAAUUCUUGCCCGGUGUGUCGUUGUGGGAUGUCAUCGGAUGGUGGUAGGAGGAGAGGUGGAAGGAGCCGUGGGAGGAGGAAUUUGUUUUCUUUCUUGUGGCCUUUUUGCUCAUCUAGCUCGGUUUCAGGUUCUUGACUGAGACUUGAGGAAGUGAUUCUCCUGCUGCUGAGUCUGGACACACUUCUCACUAAUUGGUAUUGUUUCUCUGUCCUUGUUGAUAUUUAAGCACACUUUCAUUACAAGUGUUUUAAGAUCUAGGCAACUCAGUGAACUUAUCUAUGAGGGAAAAGUAUCGUAGUGUGUUGUUGUUCGUAUACUAUUUUAUGUAAAUGUUGACAUGUCCUUGGAUUGAAAGCGCAAUAAGAUUAGUUUGCAUAUCCUCAGAACCUUUACAGGGAUUGCGCGUGAUCAA